AUGGAGGGCGAGUGGGCAAGGUUUGAGGGCCACGGGGUGAAGUGGGGACAAAGUGAGAUGCGACGACGAGCUGAACAAUCUCAGCAGUGUUUCUACUCACGUCAACAACACUACUUCCGUAACCCAGCCAUUGACAAAGGCAGGGGAGAACUCAACAGCUCCAACGGCAAAGCUGAUGUGUUUAAUACAAGUAAAGAUCGCUGGCACUACGGCGGAGGAGGAGGAGGAGGAGGAGGAGGAGGAGGCGGCGGCGGAAGUUUUAGAUGGGGAUGGGGCGGUGGCGGGGGAGGAGGAGGAGGUGGAGGAGGCGGGGGCGGGGGAUGGGGAUGGGGCGGAGGGGGAGGGGGAGGAGGGGUGUGGAAAUGGGGAUGUGGAGGGAGAGGGAGAGGGAGAGCGGUGGGGAGGGGAGAGUACAGGGUGGGGGAAUAUGCAGAAUGCAGCAAGGGAAGAACGAGGUGCCGAGGCAUGAGGCUGGACUGUCCCCUCCACUGCGGCGGACCUUGUUUUUACGACUGCCUCUACAUGUGCAAGGCUCAUUGUCGCCGACCAUGAUGACUCCUUCCUCUCUUUCACCUUGUCAUUGCUCCGUCAGUAUUUCGUUAUUAUCUGCUUGCUUACUUAGUCGACAUUAAUGGAUGGAAUGGGCAAUAGGGUCUCAGUCUGAUGAUGAUGUGUGAACUUCCACCCCGAAUGAAUGUUGUAGCACUGGGAGAGAAGUAUCCCGCAAGAGAAACGGAGAAGGAUGUGGAGGAACACUGGAGAGGUCCCCUGCCAACAGCACGUGAGUCCCUCAUCUCCUCACGUGUCUGGUGUCGCCUUCUAAUUUGUUUAGUUUGAAAUGCAUGACCGUGCGGAAUCUUCUCUCUGCUUUGUCAGUUUCACUUUGUAAUAGUAUUUGAUUUCAAUGGAAUCAGUUUCACUUCCCUAGA